AUGGCGACAAGCAUAUUGAGGCCUUUGCCGCCAGGGGUUUCGGAACCUUUGGCGGCAGACACUUACAACGAUCGUGGUGGAUUCAUAGCAAUAAUCACAGCUCUGUGUCUGGGAUUUGCGCUGGUUUCCUUGGGGAUCCGUGCAUAUGUGCAGUAUUCCAGGCAUGUAGUGAGGAAAGAUGAUUAUGUUCUUCUAGCGGCGACGAUCCUAUUCUGCACCCAAUCAUCCGUCGUUUUCCUCCAGAUAGCUUACGGAUGGGGAAAGUCGGAAGAGCUUCUGAGGGGACAGAAUCAAAUACCUUUGCUGAAGGCAACUUAUGCAGCGGAUAUGUUAUUUAUCCUCACUCAUUGCGUCUCAAAAAGCUCGGCUGCCAUGUUUUACUUACGGAUAUCACCAAGCCGGAACCAUCUCUUUGUAGUAUGGGGCCUAGUCUGCUCGUCGGUCAUCUGGGCAGUGAUAUCCAUGUUUUUAAUAGCCUUGGGUUGCGACCAUGCUCGGCCAUGGACGGAUGUUGGAUCAGAAUGUCGCUCGAUGUUUCCCCGUUGGCAAUUUAUAGGGGCGUUUGAUAUAAUCACCGAAUUCGGUUUGGCAAUUGUAUCUUUCUUCCUUGUGGCUGGCGUCCAAAUGCCGAUGAUACGGAAAGUAGUUGUUGUGCUGGCGUUUAGCUCCCGUCUGCUGGUCGCACUCCCGGCAUCCUUCCACAUACACUACGUAGAGAAAAUGCUCGACUCUCCAGAUCAUACGCUGGUGGGCACCUACGUCACAAUUUGCCUGCAGCUGGAAUUAAGUUAUGGAAUCAUGGCAAAUACUAUUCCCUGUCUAAAGCCCUUCAUGGCCGCAUACGAAGACACGGGCAAACCCUCUUACAGGGCCCGUAGCAAUAGCGGAAACAACAAAAGCAAAAGCAAAAGCAAAAGCAGCCCUAACCGCAAAUCCAGUCGCGACAUUCACACUCUCUCUACGAUCUCAUCAUCCGUAAAAUUCCCCAAGUUCAAAAACCCAUGGGCGAGUAAUUCAAAUACCAUGCAUCUCAGCUCCCAACCGCCAUCCUCACCACUCCCCAGGGCCCCUCCUAGGGCCAAGCAGCCAUUAGGAGCCGGUGAGAUAAGCUACACCGCAACGGUUCGCCAUAGCAGCCAGGGACGGGAUGAUCCCAGUUUGGAGAGUGACGACAGCAAUCGAUUAAUUAUUAAAAAGGAUGUCAAUUGGAAUGUUGAAUGUUCGAAGUCCGCGGAGCGGGAGACAGAUCCUGCCCCCCCCUAA